AUGCCUUUCGGCUUGAAAAACGCGGGGGCAACAUAUCAGAGAGCGAUGAACAAAAUGUUCAGAGGCCUCGACUGCCUUGAAGUUUACAUAGACGACGUUGUGAUUAAAUCAAAUACCAGCGAAGUCCAUCUGUCCGACCUUCGGGAAGGUUUCGAACGCAUACGACGUAAUGGGAGAUUCAUAGCAAACACAGCAGGCCGACUUCGCAGCUGGAGUGUUUUGCUAAGAGGAAAAGAGACCGGUGAGUGGAUAUGGACGGACGAGCAACAGAGGGUGUUCGACGAUUUAAAAGGUUACUUGGCAAAACCUCCGGUUAUGACCCCUCCAAAGCCGAAUAAACCAUUGUUGUUGUAUCUAUCGGAUGCACACGAAUCCCUAGGCUGUAUGCUCGCCCAAGAGGACGAUGGGGUUGAAAGAGCAGUCUACUAUCUGAGCCGAGGACCGACGGAUACAGAGAUUCGCUAUACCGACAUAGAAAAAAUGUGUCUGUGCCUAUACUUUACAUGCUGCAAGCUGCGAUACUAUAUGCUGCCGGUAGUGGUGUACGUACUAUCCCAGACCGAUAUUAUUAAGUAUGUUCUAUCAAAACCAUACCUAAGAAAUCGGAUUGGGAAAUGGGCGAUUGCGAUGUCCCAAUUUACAUUGGUAUAUGUCCCCCAGAGGGCGGUCAAAGGACAGGUAUUAGCUGAUUUCUUAGCCGAUCAUCCUGGCAUUACCCUCACGGAGAAAACAAUCAGUUGUUGCGACAUCGCUGUUUGGGAGAUGUGGUUCGAUGGAUCCAGGACUAGCCAGGGGGAAGGCGCCGGAGUGCAUAUUAUCUCACCCCUAGGUGCAUCAUACCAGCUAUCAUUCAAACUCCAAUUUGAAUGUACCAACAAUCAGGCAGAAUACGAAGCCCUAAUUUUUGGCCUUGAGAUCCUGGCCGAACCGGGGGCAAGAGCGAUGAACGUCAGAGGCGAUUCGUUGUUAGUCAUUAAACAAGUGACAGGAGAGUUCAAAUGCGAGUCUGAGUUGUUGAUAAGAUAUUGCAACAAGCACGGUAGUGGGUACAAGGUAAACCUCCAGUUCGACGUUAUAGAGAGGGAGACGUCGAAUCUCCAUACCGGGGGCAUCACUGUCGACGAGAAACAAUUCUCGGUUUACCAGCUGGAUGUCACCCAAGAUUGGAGAGUCGAGCUCCUGAAGUGGUUUGAAGAGCCAGAUCCCCCGAAUAGAAGGUUGAGGACUUUGGCCCUAAAUUACGUUGUGUUAGCCGGCGAACUAUAUAAGAAGGGCUUUGAAGGGCUACUCUUCAGGUGUAUCGGUCCAAAAGAAGCGAUGCUUGCGAUGGCCGAGGUACACGAACGAAUAGCGGGCGCUCACCAGGCGGGCCCCAGAAUGAGGUGGCUGAUCCAUAAAUACGGCUUUUAUUGGCCGAAAAUGGAACAGGACUGCAUAAGGUAUGGCAAAGGUUGCGAAGCAUGUCAAAGAUUCGGCCUGAUACAGCACGUCCCGGCCGAAGACCUGCACUCCCUCAUCAAGCCAUGGCCAUUCAGAGGAUGGGCAGUCGACCUAAUAGGGAAGAUAUACCCUGGCUCGUCAGAUGGUCAUACUUUUGUAAUUAUCGCCACUUGCUAUUUUACCAAAUGGGUCGAAGCUAAGCCCUUGAAGUCGCCAACGCAAGAAGCUUUAAUCAAGUUUUUCAAAGAGUACAUCGUCCACCGACACGGGUUGCCCGAAUCUAUAACCACAGAUCAAGGGACGAUGUUUACGGGAGGCGAUAUAGCCGAAGCCACGAACAAAGCUAUCAAGCUUAUAGUUCAAAAGAUGAUUGAAGAGAACCCGGGACAAUGGCAUGUGCUCUUAUCAGAAGCAGUUUGGGCGAAUAGAACCAGUCAGAAGUCGGCCACCGGGACUUCGCCUUUCAGAUUGGUGUAUGGUUAUGAUGCGAUGUUGCCAAUGGAAUUGACUGUCACGUCUACUCGCCGCAGAUACCAGAACGAAUUAUCCAAGGACGACUACUUUGAUAAAAUGGUGAUAGACGCUUUAGACCUCGACGAAGAACGAUUGACGGCGUUGGAUCAUCUUGAAGCUCAGAAAAGAAGCGUCGAAAGGGCUUACAACAAAAGAGUGAAACGGAAAGCAUUUAUGGUGGGCGAUAUAGUAUGGAAGGCAGUUUUGCCUAUCGGCCAUAAAGAUAAUCGGCUCGGAAAAUGGAGCCCGAAUUGGGAAAGUUCCUUUAUCGUGGUCAACAAGUUAACCGGCAGUGCUUACCUGCUAGCAAACAUUGAUGGAGAAGAGCACGACAGGGCGAUCAACGGUCAGUUCCUAAAACAUUACGUCCCUAGUUGUUGGGAGAACGUUGACCGACGACUGUUUGGAGCCAACGAGGAGUAA